UCGCGCCGUCGCAGGUCUUCGUCCUCGCCGCUGAAAAAAAACAAGAUGGCCGCGCUCGCGUCGUCCACCAUCAUCGGCGCCCGGGGCGUCGUGGCGAACCGCCGCGUCAUCUCCGCGCGCACCUCCGCCGGGUCCGGGUCCCGCGCCGCCGGCCGCCGGACGAUCGUCGUCGUGAACAUGGCGAGGGAGACGGAUCCGAAGAAGCGGAUCGUCGUCACCGGCAUGGGCCUGUGCUCCGUGUUCGGGAACGACUACGACAAGUUCUACGACAAGCUCCUCGCGGGGGAGUCCGGCGUGGACAUGAUCGAUCGGUUCGACACCGAGGACUUCCCCACGAAGUUCGCGGCGCAGAUCAAGGACUUCGACAACGAGGGGUUCAUCGACAAGAAGAACGCGCGCCGGAUGGACAACUGCCUCCAAUACGCGCUCGUCUCCGGGAACAAGGCUUUACUCGACGCGGGUCUGGACGACGACGCGAUCGAGAAGCUGGACAAGACGCGCGUCGGCGUCCUCGCCGGCAGCGGCAUGGGCGGCCUGACCGUGUUCCAAGACGGCGUCAAGGCGCUCGUGGAGAAGGGCCCGAAGAAGAUCACGCCGUUUUUCAUCCCGUACGCCAUCACCAACAUGGGCGGCGCUCUGCUCGCGAUCGAGAAGGGUUUCAUGGGCCCGAACUACUCCAUCUCGACCGCGUGCGCGACCGCGAACUACUGCUUCCACGCGGCGGCGAACCACAUCCGCAAGGGCGAGGCGGAUAUCAUCGUCGCCGGCGGCGUCGAGGCGCCGAUCAUCCCGGUCGGCCUCGGCGGCUUCGUCGCGUGCCGCGCGUUGUCGUCCAACAACGACAACUACAAGGGCGCGUCCAGACCGUGGGAUAAGGGCCGCGAUGGAUUCGUCAUGGGCGAGGGCGCGGGAUUGCUCGUCCUCGAGUCGCUCGAGUCGGCGCAGAAGCGCGGCGCGAGGAUCCACGCCGAGUACCUUGGCGGCGCCGUCACGUGCGACGCGCAUCACAUGACGGACCCGCGACCGGACGGCAGCGGCGUCGGUCUGUGCAUCACGAAGGCGGUCGAGGACGCGGGGAUCGACAUCUCCGAGAUCAACUACAUCAACGCGCACGCGACGAGCACGCUCGUCGGCGACGUCGCGGAGGUGAACGCGGUGAAGAAGGCGUUUAACAACAAGCUCGACGGCGUGAAGAUGAACGGCACGAAGUCCAUGGUCGGUCACUGCCUCGGCGCCGCGGCCGGCGUGGAAGCGGUCGCGACGAUCAUGGCGAUCAAGACCGGGUGGUUGCACCCGACGAUCAACCAGGAGGACAGCAUCGACGAGGUGGCGGACAUCGACACGUGCCCGAACGUCAAGGUGGAGCACGAGGUGAAGGUGGCCAUCUCGAACUCGUUCGGGUUCGGCGGGCACAACUCCUCGUGCGUCUUCGCGCCGUUCGAGGCGUGAGCGAUGGGCGAUGGGACGCGUGCGUCGAGUCGAUUUUGAUUCGUUCGUGAGUUUGGGUGCGCGUGUUGGGGGGUGGUUCGAAGGAUGUGAGAGGAGACGAAAAGGCGAGGCGGCGGCUCCCGGAAUAUUAGGGAGGAGGGAACGCGUCGGGUGCCGUCGGCGAGAGGCGAGUAGAUAGGAGGAGGCAACGAGGAGGGAUAUCGGAUCAGGCGGGGAUUGUCAUGUGAGACGACGACGGCUUCGUUCUUAGGGUCCGUCUAUCCAUC